GGGGGGCUGUCUGGGGAAGCAUCGCAGACCUAGGAUAUAUACACCAGGACUGGAUCAGGUCCGGAAAACCUAUGCGUCCUCACACGCACUCUGUCAGCUGAGGAGAAAACAAAAAUCGCAAACCGAAGUCUUCAGACAGCCAAGGAGAAAACGAAAACCGCAAACCGAAGUCUUCAGACGCUCUCCGCCCGUCCACAAAGAUUCCCCGUUGCACCAGAGGGAAAAAUGCCCGAUACUCCCUGGACUUGGAGUGAUUUGGACACUCUAGCGGAGCCCGGAAACAUGCCGUAUUGAGCUAGUCAAGGAAACCCUAAGUUAAAACUUCGAAAUGUAGGUCUGCUACACAAUACGCCUUGCAUGUAGCAGACGAAAACAUGUUUGAUCUGUCUGGGUUCUUCGCCGAAUGGCUUGAGGCAGUGCCGUCGACGGGGAUUCUGGUUGCAACGUUCGUGGUGAUCGUGGCUCAAGCCCUGAUAGCGACGGCCAUCUACAACCUAUUCUUCCACAAAUUAGCCAAGUUUCCGGGGCCAUUCUUGGCGAGGUCCAGCCUGAUUUGGCGUAUCUAUCAAUCCCAACGCGGCCUCUACCACUUGGCAAUUCAAGAGCAACAUCGUAAAUAUGGACCAGUGGUGAGAGUCUCUCCCAACGAGCUUUCUUUCGCUUCCGUGGAGUCUUGGAAAGCCAUCUACGGCCACCGAAGCGGUGGUGCUCCAACUCCGAUCAAGAGCGAAUUCUACGACAUCUACGGCGCCGGCUUCAAGUCACUAUGCAUCGGCAGCGAGCGAGACCCCCACAAGCACGGGCAAAUGCGUAGCAUGCUCUCCGCCGCGUUUUCAACAAAGUCCCUUCGAGAUCAGGAGUAUCUGAUCAGUAGCGCAGUAGACGAGUUCAUUAUGCGCCUUGGGGAAGCAGACUUCCAAGCCCAAGGUCUGAAUAUGACCAAGUGGUAUGAGAUGAUUGCGUUUGAUUCGGUCGGCGAAAUGGCGUUUGGACAGUCGUUCGGUAGUAUCAAGGCUGGGACUCCCCACAGCUGGUCCGAACUGAUUGUCGAGCACCUCUACUUCAUCACGCUGGCGGACAACCUUCGUCGUUUGCCGCUAGUAGUGACACUGUGGCGUCUCCUAUUUCCCUCCACUCUUGCGCACCAGAACCAGAAUUCACGAUAUAGCCGCAAGAAAGUCGAAGAGCGCCUCGCCACCAAAUCCACGCGAAAUGAUUUCCUGUCCACGGUCGUCCGCAAUUACGAAGAUGGCAAGAUUAGCAAGGAAGAGAUGACGGCUCAUGUAUCGACCUUGACUAUUGCAGGAGCUGAAACGACUGCGACGUUCUUGGCAGCGACAACAUACUAUCUGUUGAAACAUCCCGCAUGUUUACGCCAGGUCCAAGAGGAAAUCAGGGGCAAGUUCUCUUCAUACGACGAGAUCAAUGCCACAGCUGCGAGACAAUUGCCUUAUCUCCAGGCUGUGAUCAGCGAAGGUCUCCGAAUCUACGCUCCGGGCUCCGGAGGGUUUCCCCGAAUUUCAACAGGAAUGAAGGUUGGAGACGUCUACGUUCCGGCUGGGGCCGAGGUCUUCACGCAUGCUUGGACGCUCACACACAGCGAAGAAUACUUUGCAGAUCCCAUGGCGUUUAAGCCUGAGCGUUGGUUGGAUCCUAUGUCUACCGAUGUCAAGGAGGCCAGUCAACCGUUUUCCAUGGGUCCGAGGGGAUGUUUAGGCCAGAACUUUGCGUACAUGGAGAUCAAUCUCAUCAUGGCCAAAAUGUUCUGGAAGUACGACCUGGAGCUAGUCGAUAAGGAGCUGGACUGGGACAAGCAGAGUCAGCUGCAUGUCAUGUGGUGGAAACCGGAGCUGAGGGUUCGCUUUAAGGAGCGAAAGAGGGCUAGCUGAAGGUGAAGUGAAGGCAAACAAGGUCGAUCUGGAUCUGCGCCCGUGGUGCUCUUGAUAAGACGACGCUGUAUAGUGGCGAGUUGAAAGGGAUUCUUCAAAGUUCCUGAUUUCGCAUCGACGGCGUUCUUGUAGCGUUCUUAAAGGGCUUCUUAGAGGUGCGGAGAUCCAUGCUCUUGACUGUCGGAAGUCCAAUGUGCAAACCGCAGUUGCACCCCCUUUCCGCCCUUCCAAACUGAAUCCACAAUGUCUUCGCAUAUCGAAGUGCCACGAGUAAUGUUACGAACGCAGGUUUCCGGCUCUGAGAUGCGGGAUCUGCCAGGAUUAACUUUGACUUCGGUCUGCGCAGACGCCGUAGAUAUGGCUAGUUAGGGCCGAAAGGGGCAUGGUGCCAUCGACCACAAUGUGUUGGCAUAUGAUCCGAUUCUAUCACACCCUCUCAAAUGAUAGCUUGAUGCUCGAAGUUGUCGAGAAAGAAGAAGAAGAGGAAGAGGAGGCAGAAGAAGUUCUUUCCAAUCAUACGCUUCUUCAAUUUUUCUCCCUCGCCCUCCCGUCACGCAAUGAUCAACGGCGGAGGGUUGCAGCAGCAACAGCAGAUCCAUCAAGAGAAACCAGCAAACGAAAAGAGUGAUGAGGACUCUGUACUGCAAAGCCAGAUCGCUGCGCCGGAGAACU